AUUAAUUAAAAAGAUGACGAAAAAAUAAAAAUAAAUUUGAAAAGUAAAAAUAACUAUUCUUUUGGCUGUAGGGACAUAAACCUAACAACCGUUUUUAAUGAAAUUAAAACAACAACGUUAACGAAGGAAUAAUCGAACUCUUGAAGAGAAACCUCUGCGUAGAAGGGUAUUGUACGUUGACGUACAAGACUGCAACACAAGUGGUCCUUGAGAGAGAGGGAGCAAGAGGCUUUGAUGCUCUCUGUUUUCUCUGAAACACAAAACCAAACAAUUUGCAAUUGAGGGUGUGAAUGAUGGAGGAUCAGAAGCAGACUAGUGAGGAGCGACCAGUGAGAGUAUAUGCAGAUGGCAUAUAUGAUCUCUUUCACUUUGGCCAUGCUGGUUCUCUCGAGCAAGCCAAGAAGCUGUUCCCAAACACGUACCUGCUUGUUGGCUGCUGCAAUGAUGAAACUACCCACAAUUAUAAGGGCAAAACUGUUAUGACCGAGAAGGAGCGCUAUGAGUCACUCCGCCAUUGCAGAUGGGUGGAUGAAGUAAUUCCCGAUGCACCAUGGGUGCUCUCACAAGAGUUUCUUGACAAGCAUCAGAUUGACUAUGUGGCACAUGACUCUCUUCCCUAUGCUGAUGCAAGUGGGUCUGGAAAGGAUGUCUAUGACUUUGUUAAGUCCGUUGGAAAGUUUAAGGAAACAAAACGGACUGAUGGGAUUUCUACAUCAGAUAUCAUAAUGAGGAUUGUUAAAGAUUACAACCAGUAUGUGAUGCGUAAUUUGGACCGUGGGUACACAAGAAAGGAGCUAGGUGUUAGCUAUGUGAGGGAAAAGCGACUGAGAGUGAACAUGGGACUGAAAAGACUGCGUGAGAGGGUGAAGGAGCACCAAGAAAAAGUAGGAGAGAAGAUACAGAUAGUAACAAAGACUGCUACAAUGCGUCGUAAUGAAUGGGUGGAGAAUGCUGAUCGAUUGGUUGCUGGAUUUCUUGAGAGGUUUGAAGAAGGUUUCCACAAAAUGGGAACAGCCAUAAGGGACCGAAUUCAAGAGCGAAUAAGGAAGCGGCAGUUCGGAGGCCUUUUAUAUGAAGAAGAUGAUGAUGAUGAGUUCUACGACGACUCUGAAGACGAACGCAAUGAUGAAGACGAAGAAUAAAUUUAUUCUUGUUGAUGUCCAUUGGUUAGGCUGAAAUACUUAUUUAUGGUAUUAAUGUAGAAGUAAUCUAAGAUGAAUUCCAAAGGCUAAGUUUGUGUAACAGCCUAAAGUAAGGCUUGGAUCUUCAAAUACAAUUAUUAGUAAUCUCUCCUCUUCAAAUACAAUUUUUAGAAAAAUCUCAAAUUGUGCAAAAA